UCAUAAUCCCGAAAUGCGCCUCGAUAUUCGCGUGGGCAAUUUUUAUGUUGGACGGCAAAAUGCUGCCUCCCAAAGAGCUCCUGAAUGUCACUGCCAAUUGCCGACUGCCAUCAAGAUCCAUGCCCCGUUACAACGCCAAGAUGGACUAAACUCCAAGAGAGUCUGGACCCUCUGAAGCAAAAGCCAGGGACUUUAAGCUUAAGUGCUUCGCCCAUGUGCACACGCAAUCAACCUCUAAAUUGUCUUUUGAUCCCAUCAUGAGACGACAGUGUUUACCCCAACAAAGAAAAUAUCCUCUUUCAUGUGUCUACUCCCUAGACUCAAAACUGACUCAGAAUGGCCAGACCUAGAACAGUGUCACUCCCCAGUGAGUGGCGAUACCGCGAUGCCAGGAUCAUUUGCUCCCCCCAACCAAUGAAUGACGUCGAUCGCCUCAAGAGGCCUCACAGCUCGUCAAUAGAGCUUCUCACCGCACGAAUUUAAGCGCCGACAGACGCCCACCCUCUUUGAUGAGGAUACGCUAGAUCACACAGCUCUUCAAAUCAAGCUCCUGCAACAGCCGCCCAAGUUAUAGCUCUGUCGCAUUGCAUUGACGCGCACCGCGCUUGUCUUGAAUUGUGUUUCUUGCUGGUGGAUCGAAUGAUGCUGCUGUUGUCAUAAGCUGCUAAACAUAAACCUGAACCUGAACCCGACCCCUCCAUCACAUAACGUCUUGCGACCUUCCAAGUUCCAGGAUUUCAACAACUCUCCCCUUUUCUUGUCUUCUACUCGUUGUCCUAAACUUGUUCUUCUUUUUGUAUUGCGUAGUACCAAGAUUGUAUCUUUUUUCCAUUCAUACCAAGACCAGGUAAUCGCAAACAUGUCUUCUGGACAUAAUGUAAGUCCGAGAAUACACCUCAGGCGCAUCAUGGCAUGCCCAUGACGUUCUCCCUUUGCCGCCACUCAUGAUACUGACAAAAUCUCGAAUAGGAUCCGAAGCUCCUCUACGCUGUAGAGGGCAUCAACGCCUAUCACAUUACAAAUGGCAAAGAGCAGUCCCUCACUCCCUCAGGACCUCAGACCCUGUCCCUCCUCAUGGUCCCGACCUCAUCUGGCUUUGUCGAACCUUCAGGCAGCGGCUCUGAUGGCGAGGAGGACUUCUACCUGCACCUUCACCUGCCUCCUGAGCUCGACCUCCCUCUUCCCGCUACGACCCAGAUCUACCACCAACCACCUACGAGCUAUUUGAUUCCUCGCUGGGAUCUCGGCCCCGAUAGCGGCGCUUUCACCAGGAUCGAAUUCCCUCCCACCAACUCCAGGCCGGGUGUUCAGGAAGAUGUCGAUACUUUCGAGACCAUCCUCGCCCAGUGCACUGCUUUCCUUGAACGAGCAGCUCCUCCUCAGCCUCCAAGACCCUCCGAGAAGGCCCAAGCUAAGGCGCGCGAAGCAGCUGGCGAGCAACUCCCCGCUUACAACCCGGCUGACUAUAACCCCGGAGAAGGUUAUGUCCAGGGUAGCCAUAGCUCACAUACUGGAGGCAGGAUUGUUCUUAUCGAUGAGGAAGACGGCAGCGUCCUUGGUGAGUUGACCGAUAGCUAUCAAGUGGUGGAAGACAGCAAAAUCAAACCCGGUUCCAAAGAACCUGUCGAGAUUGCUCUUCCUACCGAUGGUGGCCAGAACAUUUCUGUGCAGCCUGUGUCGCAGCCAUGGGCUGAGAUGGACAUGCACCCUGCCUAUAAAAAGUCAACCAUUGUGAAUAGUGCAAGCAAGGCAUCUCGCCUUAUCGUCACAACUUCCGAUGUUGUCUCUAGAACCCUUCAGAGCCAAGCCGAUAACUUCACCAAGAACACAAAGCCUCUCGCCAAGCCUGUGACAUUUGCACCUACAACGCAUGCGCAUAUUCGCCGGAUCAACAACUUCUCUAACAAAGCAGCCACAUUUUCGGCAACCACUGUGGGCACUAUCGGCAACAUGGCACAGAACCUGGGUGCAACUGUCACUCGUCGCAAAGAUGGUAGAGCCAGAGGUUAUGACAAGGACGGUAAUGCGAUCGAUACCUACAAACCAGGUGUUCUGAACAAGAGCUUGAUGGCCUUCAAUACUGUCGUUGACGGUAUUGAGCAAGCCGGUCGCAAUCUACUCACCGGCACAUCAUCCAGCGUGACAACUGUUGUCGGCCACCGCUGGGGUGAGGAGGCUGGUGAGUUGUCGCGCAAUCUUGGCGGCGGUGUUAAGAACGUGGGACUCGUCUACAUUGAUGUGACAGGUGUAUCUCGACGUGCCAUCCUCAAGAGUGUUGCUAAGGGCAUGGUAGUUGGCAAGGUCAAGGGUGGUGGUGAGAUCAUCGUGGGAGGUACUGAUAACAACCCUAAUUUCGAGACAAGAGAGGGCAAUGGUCAGGGCUCACACAGCACAUAUGGUGAUAAUGUGAGUGUCGCCAGUGGAUAUGAUCCCAAUGGCAAGAAGCCUGCCAAGGGACAUUACUGAGUGGUGACGAUAUCGGAAUAGCGAAGACUUGUGACUUGAUUUGGUGUGGUCUAUUUGAACACUUUGCUGGGCGGUAAUGCGGAUCGAUCAUUUAUUAGUUCUGAAAAGCUGUAAGAUUUGAGUAGAAACCUUUCAAUUGAGCUGUGGCGAAUAGUGUUAAACAUGAGGUUUGGAC